CAUUACGCGCCACUGUCAUCCCGCGAUAAUACCGGCAUUCAGAGCCUCCGAGCGUGACUCGUGCGCAUUAUUGUGGUGAAAGGGGACGGAGCGAGCCGGAUUAGAUCCACUUUUUACAACCCUGGGACAGACGACACCACGGCCAUUCUCCCUCUCAGCCAUCGAAUUCCCGCCAAAAAAGCGAAAGUGAAGUGCGUCCCAGCGCGCCUUGGAUACGCCGGCUCCCGCGGAAUCGAUGCCGAAAUAUAAAUUUUAAUCCAAUUACGGAGCUUGGCGCGAAUGGAAGAAAAGUAAAAUCCAUUCAUCACCGACGCGCCAAUGUUGAGUAAUUAGCCGCGUGGAGUAUUUAAAAAAAAAGAGAACCGUUGAACUAGAACUUGAGGGAAGACCGUGAAGCAUCACGGGUCGAGGUCGCUCCCACAAUUCCUCCUGGCCGCCAUCUUUAUAUUUUUCAAUUAUGGACAUGUUGGGUCUUUGUUCAUAAUAUCUGUAAGUUAUAUCCAUCUAACCCCCAAGCCCCAGUCGCAGCUAUGUCUCGUCGAAAGCAGGACAACCCGCAGCCUCGGAAGAGACUACUUGAACCCCAACCAGACCACGACUUGCUGACUUGCGGGGAAUGCCAGACCGACUUCCCACUUUCGGACAUUCUUCUUUUCAUCGAGCACAAGAAACACUGCAUGACUCCGACAGAUGGCCACCUGGAGGAACGGUUAGACCUGGAUCGCUCACGUAACGCUACGGAAAAACGGCGUGCCCCUACACCCAUCAGCGUGGGUAUCCAGGUCGGACCGAGUGAAGACCAACCAACGCCCGAACAGAAAGCACCAGGGGGACACAAAACAGAAUCAUCCGAACCGAAGACCUACAUCUGUACAACAUGCAAGCAGCUGUUCACAAGUGCCUGGUUCUUGCUCCAACAUGCCCAGAACAUGCACGGGAUGCGUAUCUACCUGGACGCAUCGACCGGCUCCAGUCCAAGCCUCUUGCCACCCACCGUAACCCCGGUGAGUUCCAGUCCUCUUCCUGUCAGCUCCAGCAAUACAAUCACUAUCGGCACUGGGCAGCCAGCACAGCGUAUUCCCCUCACGCCGCCGACCAACAGCCCGUUUGCCAUGAUCAGAAGCCCCUUCCAACAGCGGGAGCCUCUGGCUGAAGAAGUACUUCGGAGCCCACACGCACAAAUCCGUAGUCCCAUGAUGGGGGACCAGGGGGGUCUGGAAGACAAAAUGAGGGGUCACCAUCCGCACCACCCUCACAUGAUAUUCCCGGGAAUCCCGCCCGACAGGUUGGAAUGGGAGCGAAUGAAAAUGGAGGGUAGGAUGCCGGGGCUACCGGAGGCCUUCCCACGGCUUGGGGGACCAUUGGGGUUCGCCGAACAGUUUGGGCACCAUCUCCAGUUUGGGCUGGAUCCGACACAAGCAGACAUGGGCCUCCCGACGUACUCCCAGAAGCUGCGCCAGCUGGCUGGAACCCAGCAGCAAGGGGCAGGAGGCGGCUCAGGGGGAGGGGGGAGCCCCCCUUCCUCCCCCAAGAGAAAAGGGGGCGGUCUUAUGAGGUACAUGCCCUUUCAUCCAGGCUUCAAGCCACCAUUUAUGGGGCCAGGGGGAAACAGUGGGCCGGGAACACCCGGCGGUCCACGCGCUCAGUCACCUUGCAAGCCGAAAUCUUGCGAGUUCUGCGGCAAGUCCUUCAAGUUCCAGUCCAAUUUGGUGGUGCACCGGCGGUCGCACACGGGAGAGAAGCCUUUCAAAUGCAACAUGUGCGACCACGCAUGCACCCAAGCCAGCAAGCUCAAACGCCACAUGAAGACACAUGGCAAGGAGGGCUCGGGUGGUCUCAGCAGCCUUGAGGACGACCAAUCAAAUGCCAGCACCCCAGAACCGGGAUCCAGCUCGGGCAUGAAGUCUAACAUGGGGUCUUUUUUAGGCAAUGAUCACUGUGACGACUUCAUGGCCCCAAACGGUGAAGACGGGGAGAGCAAUGCAGAGUCCAGUGAAAGCCAUGAGACAGAGGGCCAUGAAGGGAGCAACCAAUUAAAAAGUGGGGGGCACUCUAUGUUGGGAGAGGUCAUGGAGGACAUUGGUCUGAAUGCAAUCCAUGAAUACAAUGAAGCAUAUCAAGCAGCCAUGGCAGAGAAGGCUCACCUCAGCCGUAAGCCCCUGGGAGGUGAGUCCAUGCCGACAGACGGGCACUCCACUCCCGACGACUGCCCAGAACACGAGGAGGAAGAGAACAUGACCAACCACAGCAACGACGUGCCAGAAAACUCUACCAGCCCUCCUCGCGGUCGCCGGGAACCCAACAUGGACGUCAUCCUUUCACCACUCAAGGAAACUAGCGUCGCUGUCCAGCAGCAAACGAAACGGAUCAAACUCGAGCCCGGCCAAGACAGCCCGCACGGCCUGGACAUAUACUCUCAGUGGCUCGCUGCACAUGCUGCCCCUAAAGACAUUCUGUUUGGCUCCACAGCCAUACCUAGCCCCAUGCACGAGAACGGAGGGGCUGACUUCGGUGGCCUGAACCCCCACCACGAUUCCGAUGGUGGCACCUCCUCCGUCAAGUCGGACACGAGCUCGGUCCAGACGCCCUCCACCCCCAACACUCCGGGACGACCUCCCAAGGAGGGCAAGAGCCGGAAGGACACCUGCGAGUUCUGCGGCAAGCAGUUCAAGAACUGCAGCAACCUGACGGUGCACCGCCGCAGCCACACCGGCGAAAAACCUUACAAGUGUGAGAUGUGUAGCUACGCCUGUGCCCAGAGCAGCAAGCUGACACGUCACAUGAAGACCCACGGGCGGGCAGGUAAGGAGGUAUACAAGUGUGAGAUAUGCGAAAUGCCAUUCUCUGUUUACGGUACAAUGGAGAAGCACAUGAAAAAAGCUCAUGGAAUAACCACUAGCGGUAGCAUGGGCCACGCUGUCAGUGGGGGCCAUGCUACAAAUAGUGCUCAUAGCAAUAGUACUAUCAAUCUCGGUCCACAGAGUGAAAAUGUGGAGCCAAAAUGGCUGGUCAAGAAUGAAGAUGUGGAGCCAUCUAAUGGCUCAUAAAAAAAGAGAUAUCUAUAAGUUUGUGAUAUAUAUGCAACACUACCUAUGCUGAAGCUGUUUCAUGGUCAAACCAUGCAGCAAGCAGAAGAUAUUAAAAAGAAAAAGAUUUUGUAUCAAACUAUUUAUAUUCCCUAUAUGCGUAUAAUUAUGGUUAAAACCACUGUUAUAUUGUUGUUCAAGUUGUGUAUGUUUGCAAAAGUUUAUUUGUGCAAUAUUGAUAAAGGUAUAAUUUGCUUUACUUUUCUACAAGUUGAUUUCCUUGUUAGUACAAUUUUAUACAGUGCAAAAAAGGCAUUGAAAACUUUUUUAAAAGAAGUUGUAAAGAACUGAGAAGACAAAAAAGCAAGAGGGGUAUAGACCCGGCAAGGCAUGAGAGUAAAAUCAGGGUUCAUCCAAGAUGACCAACACUACGAACAGGGAAAAUAACUUCACAUGGUACGUAGUACUAGUGAACUGAAUACUGUCUGUCACCGUGCAGACACUAAAUAUAUGUGUGUGAAAAUAUCUUGUAGUAAGGUUUCUAUUUUGGAAGGGAAAUGAGCAGGGUAUUUGUCAAUUGUGAAUAUCUGGACUCCAAGUCACAGAUGACGUCCUAAAUGAAAAUUUUAUUCAUUAACAGGAACAUCCAUGUGAAGUUAUUUAAAAAAAGGUGCCCAUGCUGAAAUCGUGUGGCUGCCGUUUACUGCCGGUGGGUUAGUGGCAAUAUUUUGCAAGCCCAACAAACCUACCGUACUUGUGCCUUCCAAGAUGCUGCCAUGAGAUGGUACUAAAAAGAAAAAAAAGAGAAGUAUUUUAGAAAUUUCUCAUUUUAUGAAAAAAUUUCCGAAAGGGCAGACUUGACUUGUGUUUGGAACAAAUAUCCACUGUACCUGAAUCAACGUGUAUCAAUGUAGCAGGUUUUUCCAACGUCAUUGUCACAUCUCAAUGGCUGCAACCGAGAGUCGCUGAUAUGCUAAUGAGGCAAAGUCACCAAUAAUGUCCGCUUUCCAGCAAGUCGUAUGUCCAGCAGGUGACAUGACAAUCUGUAAACAUCAACAACAACAACAACAGCCGAAAACAACAACAACAACAACAACAACAAAAAAGGGGCACCGCAUGAGAAUGCAAAAAACAACAUCUUUUAAAUUCUGGGCACACCAGCUCCGUCAGUAAUUACAUGGGUCGGAAUUACAUCAUUGAAGGAGGCGAGAAAGUGGGAUGGGCGGAGGGUUGCAAAACCCCCCGUCCAUCAUGGCGUGGGUUUUAUCUAUAUAUUCCUGUCAGUUUCUUCAGAAAUCAGAAGUCUUGCUUCGGCAGACUUUCUGCAGCUGUAAAUCACAAAUAGUGUCAGUAAAAGCAAGAAAAAAAAAACACGAUAAUAGUAACAGAAUCUUCAUUAUGAUAGAAGCUACCUUACGAUAUUACUGGGAAAUGUAUGAAUCUGAUAGCACAACAAUUCAAUGGGAAAUAUUAUCCACACACUACAGAGGUUCAGUAAUACAGUACAGUACCGUACCGAUUGUAGCAGUCCAGUGUAUUGUGUACCAAGGAUUUCCUUUAGUUUGGUGAAAAAAUCCAGUAGUAACAGUUCCAGACUUACGGACAUUGAAGUACUUACAUAUAAACUGUUGUCAUAUAAGGACUUGCUGAAGUGCGUCGUGCCACAGACUGUUUGUUAUUCAUCUCGAUAGGUGACAGUGUGUGAUGCUUACGGCAGGGUGCUUACAACGUACAUGUUCUCGUUCUAAUGUUCCUACACCGGUACUUAAAGCAGACAACAAAAUACUGUUAUCUUAUAACGGGUGGUCAGACCACAUUGUGGCUUGGAAUAUGUUGAGGUGCUAAGUAGAAUUCGGCGAUAGAAGCUGUGAUUUUUUGGCAAUUUCAGGGAGACAAUGAGGGGAGAUAUCUUCCCGCACAGAAAUGCAACACAAAAUGGCUACCGAUAUGCCGGCACGCAUGCAUACGUUCACCGAAACAGCUGAAAUAAAUUUGGAAGCCUACCGCCCCCACCGCCCAACAUGUUGCCAACAAUAUUUCAACAGCUCAUGCCUUGAAACUGUUUGACAAAACAAAAACAAGAGGGGGAAGGUGUUGAAAGGCAGCUUCUGUUUCGACACAAAACGCAGUGACGUUAUUGUGGUACAAGCUUGCGAAUGGGGACCAGCAUGAUGCCAGGCGAGUAUAAGUUACUGCCGGCUUAUGGCAGGGUACAAUAGCACCUUUUCACAUUCAAAGUCACAGCUGUAUAGUUCCAAACUUGUACAGUUAGAUAUCUACAAAAUAACUCACGGCUCAAAGCUCAGCAAGGAAGAAAAAUUUGUUCGUGCAAAGCACAAUCAAUAUUUGCGCAGAAUCGUAGAUUCCGUGUGUUUUUAAUUUUUGCGUUGCGUUGGUUUUGGUUCUCAUUUUCACAAGUCAGGAAAAAAAUUGUCAACCGACAGAUGGGUCUGGAAGGCCAAUUUACUAACUGUCCGGAGGCCUUGCGGCUAGCCACUCUAAGCGGCUGAGCCAUUUGAACAAACAAAAAACAACCUUCAGAUGAAUAGCGAAUGGUCUGUUGACUGUACUUUUAUACUAGGAGAGAGUGUACCUAUCCAGUCUGUGUUGCUAAAAAUGCUUCAAAAGCAUUUUUCCUUGUCUGUCUGCUCGCUUGCGUCUGUCUGUUGCAUAUUGCGUUGCUUGCAGAGCAUGGCAGUCUUUGAAGCCUCGUGGCACAUUCCAAUAAAAAUAUGUGUUCUAUGGUGAAACUACAAGUAUAUGUGGAGCUUCAAGCAUUUAUUUUGUAGGCAGAAUUAAGGAAUGAAGAGAGACUAUAGAUGUGGUAUUAAUGGAAAGAGAGUUUAACGUUUAUUUCGUAAGGGUCCGUUCAGAACGGACACUGUCUGGUCACAAAGAGAAUGUGCGUCUGUGUCUCACCUUCAAUGACCAAAGGUCAUAGCCUGGCUUCAAAUAUAUUUAUUGUCAGACUCUAGGACUCUAGUUCUAAUCAUGGUCCAUCAUGAUAGGAAUUCAGUUUCUGUUUUGUGUUACUGUUCAUUGAAAUUGUCAUGUACCUGGUACAUAUAAAAUAAAUCUCUCAAAAAGUA